CUAGAAAUCAUCAUGGCUGCUGUGGCACUCGUACAGGGCGCGAGCAGGGGUUUAGGUUUCGAGUUCUGCCGAUAUAUGCUUUUAAAUAAACCUCUAGCCGCUGUAAUAGCAACAUGCAGAAACCCGGACGGCGCACAACAUUUGGCUGCCCUGGCGGCACAGCACCCGGGACGCAUUACUGUAAUGAAACUGGAUGUAAACAGGGAAGAUGACAUAAAGAGAGCAGCUGAAAGUGUUAAAUGUGCCUUUGGGAAAGUGGAUUUGAUCGUUAAUUCUUCAGCUAUGCUUCAUCCGUCCGGUAAAGGAGAAACGAGUUUAAGAGACGUGUCCGCUCAGGGAAUCAUCUCCACUUUGACCACUAAUACUGUGGGUCCUCUGGUGAUGGCCAAGUAUUUUGCCCCUCUCCUGCAGAAGGGGACAGGUGCUUUUGGCCAGCAGCCCCCAGAGAAAGCCAAGCAGCACAGUGGCAUCAUUGUGAACAUGACCGCUAGAGUGGGAUCAAUAGGAGACAAUGCUCUUGGAGGCUGGUACAGCUAUAGGAUGUCUAAGGCUGCUUUAAAUAUGGCGACCAGAAAUCUUUCCAUCGAACUAGGCCGAGGACAGACGAAAAUAGUGUGUGUAUCCCUGCAUCCUGGAACUGUGAAUACGGAUUUGUCUCUGCCCUACCACCGAAAUGUACACAAGGACAAGCUGUUCAGCACCGAGUAUUCUGUUCAAUGCCUUAUGAACAUAAUAGACAACUUAAAUACAGAUAAAACAGGGAAAGCCUAUGCAUGGGACAGCACUGAAAUAGCCUGGUAAACAAUCUUAUCAAAAACAACGGUUUUUCUGUGUCUACCUCAAUUUAAAAAUAGGCUGGAUGAGAAUGGAGGUGAUGGUGAGUUAAUGUAAAUCUAGUACAGGAAGUGGACAUUUACAUAUAAAGGUCUAACAGGAAAGACUAGAUUUAAAACAAAUAAUGCUGGUUGAUAAACUUGUAGACUCUUUUUUUUUUUUUUUGCUAGAAAAAUGACGUCGAAUGCUAGAAACAUGACGUCGAAAUCUUAAGAGACAUACAGUACACACACAUUCCAGAAAGACUUGCUGAUGUCACUGUCCUUUUUUGUUUGUUUUUUCUCUUCACAUUUUGACCGUUACAAUAGUACAGUUUAUCUGCUGUGCCCAAAACAAUGUCUCACAUCAGAUUAGAAAUGCCUACCAUAAAUUUCAGUUUGCAAGUUGUCAUCAGAAUUCACUUGUACUUUCGUGUUUCUUAAAAACAGUAUUCAUUUUUAGUGAAAUUGACAAAUCUG